UGCCGCCUUUUUUCCUCUCCCCGCCCCCCGAGCCUCCUCCUUCCCUUCUUCCCUCUACCUGGGCGGGUGGGGGGGAGGCAGACUUGGUUCUCGGGACACCAUGUCGGACUCUGAGGAGGAGAGCCAGGACAGGCAACUGAAAAUCGUCGUGCUGGGGGACGGCACCUCCGGGAAGACCUCCUUAGCUACGUGUUUUGCUCAAGAGACUUUUGGGAAACAGUACAAACAAACUAUAGGACUGGAUUUCUUUUUGAGAAGGAUAACAUUGCCAGGAAACUUGAAUGUUACCCUUCAAGUUUGGGAUAUAGGAGGGCAGACAAUAGGAGGCAAGAUGUUGGAUAAAUAUAUCUAUGGAGCACAGGGAAUCCUCUUGGUAUAUGAUAUUACGAAUUAUCAAAGCUUCGAGAAUUUAGAAGACUGGUAUACUGUGGUGAAGAAAGUGAGCGAGGAGUCAGAAACUCAACCACUGAUUGCCUUGGUGGGCAAUAAAAUUGAUUUGGAGCAUAUGCGAACAGUAAAACCUGAAAAACACUUACGGUUUUGCCAGGAAAAUGGUUUUAGUAGCCACUUUGUCUCAGCAAAGACAGGAGACUCUGUCUUCCUGUGUUUUCAGAAAGUUGCUGCUGAAAUCCUUGGAAUCAAGUUAAACAAAGCAGAAAUAGAACAGUCACAGAGGGUGGUGAAGGCAGAUAUUGUAAACUACAACCAGGAACCUGUGUCAAGAACUGUUAACCCUCCUCGAAGCUCUAUGUGUGCAGUUCAGUGAGCGCGUUUUUCUUUGGUAUUGAUGGUUCUGGCUGCCCUUUGCCUCCGUGUGGGCCCGAGGACCGCUAGGAGCUUGUUUUAUCGGUGACCAUCUCUAUAGUUCAGUUAACACUUUCCUCCCGGCUCGCUUCACCAUUAAGUGUUGCCUCGCAGCCACAGGCCGCCCCUUGGACUGGAAAGAAUUCAACUUCGGGACCACACACUUUGAAUUCAAAAUGGAAAGCCCAUUCUCUGGAAUUAGACUGCUUCGUUGAAAAAGAAUAAUGUUGGUUCUCUUUAAUGUCCUCACUUCUUUUUUUCCCAGAUGUCAAUUUUUUAAAACAAAUAUGGAAACUAUCCAAGUCUUGAUCAUCAGCCAGGAUUUUGCCACAGCAUGUUUUUAUUUUCUUAUCUGAACUCACACAUGGCAGAGUAUGCUUGAGUACAAACAUUUAAACAAGUAAUAUAUUUUUAUCUACAAAUAGUAAAGAAGGCAAAUCAUUUGCUAUCUAUUGUGAGUGAAAAUAUAUAAAGCUGUAUCUAACUGAAAAUGCUUGAAAUAAAGCUGUAAUAGAAAUAUAUUUUUUUCAUUUUUUAAAAAAGGACCUAAAUUGUUUAUAUUGUAUCUAUAGCUCACAAAGUGGUAUUUGAUAUUGUAUUUUUAUCACUGCAUCAUGGUCUUUGUGUAUUGUGGAAUACUCAGGUUAGAUGGCUGUACAGAUUUUGAUUAACGCGCAGCUGACGCUCCACACGGACCUGCUCCGGCAACUGCAUCCGAGUCCUCUCAGAACGAGUUCUGACUGUUGUUGGAUCAUUGUGGGUCAGUCUUGUACCUGAUGUUCAGAUGUU